AUGGAUGAGCGAGCACAUCAUGAAUCUUCCCAGGAGUUGGUGCAUAAUAUUGAGAAAAUUGAGCGAUUCUCAUUAGAUUUCAUAAGCAUAAAAGCAUCAGGAGUUACGCUACUCAGGAAAAAAUACUUUGUCGAUUUCUUCGGAGAAGAGUUCACCGUCGCCGUGACGUCGGAUCCUUCCGUCAUCAGCCACGACGUACUUUUUCACAACCGCUUCUCCUCUCACCCUCUCGUCGUUGGCGUCGGCGUUCAGUGGACACCACCUGGUUAUUACUCCGACUUCUAUUCUUCAUCAGGUGGUUACUACGAUCCUCCGGCGGAUACUCUUCAGCUCUGCGUUGGUAAUCGAUGUAUUAUCAUCCAGCUCUCUCACUGUAAUCGAUUAACCGUAGAGACAUGGUUUAGGUUUUAA